AUGAUCACCCCAAACAAGUUGAUACCCCCCAGACAAGUUGUGUUCCCAAACAAGUUGAUAACCCCAAACAAGUUGAUAACCAUCAAACAAUUUGUGUUCCCAAACAAGUUGAUAACCCCAAACAAGUUGAUAACCCCGAAUAAAGUUGUGUACUCCAAACAAAGUUGUGUUCCCAAACAAGUUGAUCACCCCAAACAAGUUGAUACCCCAUAA